AUGGCUAGCAAUCAAUAUCGGCUCGUUUGGGAAGAUCAAUUCUCAGAUGAUGAUCCUGUCGAUCGGAAUAGAUGGGAUUUUGACAUCGGCACUGGAGAUAACGGCUGGGGUAAUCAAGAAGCACAAUGCUACACCGAUCGAACUGACAACGCCCGAUGUGAAAAUCAACGAUUGAUCAUCGAAGCACACCGUGAAGAUUAUCAAGGCCAACGAUUCACAUCAGCUCGACUGAAAUCGAAAAUGUCCUGGACUUAUGGUCGACUUCAAGUAAAAGCAAAACUGCCAUCAGGUAGAGGUCUCUGGCCAGCGAUAUGGAUGCUACCUCGAACAAAAAUCUAUGGCAACGCAUAUUGGCCCGAUAAUGGAGAAAUCGAUGUAAUGGAACAGGUCGGCUACGAUCCAAAUAAGAUUGUGUCGAGUGUACAUACAGCGAAAUAUAAUCAUAUGAAAAAUACACAACCCACCCAUGGUGUAGAUGUGCCGGAUGCUUGCUCAAACUUCAAAAUUUAUACUUUGGAUUGGACUUCUGACCAACUUGAAAUGUUUGUUGGUGAUGACAAUCAGCCAUUUGAACAGCGAAUUCUUGUAUGGGAUAAAGGUAAUCAAGGUUGGGAAAGAUGGCCUUUUGACAACGACUUUUUCAUUAUUCUCAAUAUCGCCAUUGGUGGUACAUGGUAAAAGUCCUUUCUUCGUCUUUUAUGAUAUGUUGAGUGUACCUGUUACAUAGGGGAGGACAACAUGGAAUUGA